AUGAAUCGAACACUAUUAGCCCUAUCGAUAGUACUGUUUAUAUUAAUAUCAAUCCUAAAACUGGUCGGUUUCCCAUACAUGCCGUCACCGGACUAUUCGCCCGUUGUAUUCGUCUUAUUAGACCUAAUACUAGUGGUGGGACUCAUAUCGGCCGCCACUCAACACUUGAAAACACUGAUACUGUUUGGGUGGUUAAUGGCGCUCACAGUCCUAUUGAUAUUUUUCGGUAAUACCGUCUCAUCUCAAUAUCAAAGUGAUCUUUGGGAGUCUAAUCUAAUCACUAAUUUUUAG